GAGAAUGGCGACUGGACGAGGGGUUUUAACGCUUUUAACCGUUAUUUUCUCACUGAAGUAGACUGAUAACCUUGAAUUCGAAUGUAUUAGACUAAGGAGUGUUGUCUACUGAGACACCUGGAAGGUUUUGCUGUAAAUGGGGGGCAAACAAUCCACGGAGACUGCUGUAAAUAAUCGCAGCACAGCUCGGCACACCGGCGCAGUUGGCAACGGAGUUGGUGAACAUAGUAGGGUUGUUUCGUUGGAUCCUAGGAUUCGAACUCGUUCAUUAAACAGCGUGGACCAUUCUUUCCCGAUACCUUCACAUCAAAGCUCGUUUCAAGAGUCAGGACUGACAGCAAAUGACGAUAAUUCCCCACAAUUACGAGGACUCUAUACAAUUCAAGGAGCACAUUCUCUUCCAGCGCAACUUUUCGCAACGUCUUUUAUUACUGGAGUGAAAUGCCCAGUUUGUUCUAAAGUGGUGAUUUCAGAAGACAUCGAACUUCAUUUAGUAGUUUGCCUUACAAAACCAAGGCUAUCAUACAAUGAGGAUGUUCUUCAAAUUAAUUCAGAGGAAUGUGCUAUAUGUUUGGAUGACAUGCGUAAAGGUGAAACAAUUGCUAGACUCCCCUGUCUUUGUAUAUAUCAUAAAUGUUGUAUAGAUUUGUGGUUUCAAAAGAGUAGAACAUGUCCUGAACACCCAUCUUAGUGACAGUCAGGUAAAAUAGCUUCUUCUAUAAUGAGAUUGCAAAGCUGCACUAGUGCACUGGUUUAACAAUUGAAAGUCCAACUUGUGAAGAUCAGUAAAAGUACUUUAAUUGAACAUGUGACAGUCUGUAUUGGUCACCAAAUCUCUGUUCACCAAGGUACCAGACAACAAGGAUCUAAAUAGUACUAACUGUAGUUUCAAAUGAGAUGCUGGCAUAUAAAAUAAUAAUUUGCUUGCUUUUACCCAUAAAUCAUUCAUCUCUUAUCAAAUCUCUUGAUGUGCUUCAUGGUUAGUCUGUUAAUUUUGUACCCGAUAUGCUAAAGUUUUUAGAGUGUCCUAAUUUUGAUAAUUUACACACUAUUGUUAGCAUUUCCAUUUUCUCAGUAAACCACUAGUGRAUUUUGUCUUACUGUCUUUUGUACUGUGACUAUACUUUGCUGUGGCAAUGGAUGAUGSGUUCUUGAAUCAAUAUUWUCAUUAGGUGUCACU